AUGAAAGAGUUUCUUUUAGUUACAAUCUUGGUGUUGUUUCAGUGCACGUUGGGUCAGCAAGAUUUCUUGAAGUCAAGAAUUGAACGGUCAGCAUUGCUUGAUAUCCGGUCGUCUUUGGGGAUAAGAAGCACAGACUGGCCAAUAAAAUCCAACCCCUGCAAGAGAUGGACAGGAAUCCAAUGCAGAAACGGGCGGGUCAAUGGGAUCAAUAUAUCCGGGUUUAAGCGGACUCGGGCCGGGCGUUUGAGCCCCAGUUUCAGUGUUGAUUCUUUGGCUAAUUUUACUUUCUUGGAGUCUUUUAAUGCUUCGGGCUUUUCACUUCCUGGUUCAAUACCGGAUUGGUUUGGUUACCGGCUUGGUUCUUUAAAGGUUUUGGAUCUCCGGUCUAGUUCAGUUACCGGUCCGAUUCCUGCUUCGCUUGGUAAUUUAACUAGACUCAAUGCUUUAUAUCUAGCUAAUAAUGAUCUUGCUGGUAGUAUGCCUGCUGCAUUGGGGCGGCUAAUGCAGUUAUCAGUUCUUGAUCUUUCAAGGAAUUCACUUACUGGACGAAUACCAAAUGAUAUUGGAUUGCUUAGUAAUCUAUCAAGACUUGACCUUUCUUCCAAUUACUUUUCUGGGUCCAUACCAUCUACUCUCGGCAGUAUUUCUAGGCUGCAAUUCUUGAAUAUAUCUGAUAAUAGCCUUAUGGGUUCGUUGCCUGUUGAAUUGGGUAAUCUUUCUCACUUGGUUGAGCUUAAUCUUAGUAUGAAUGCGUUAUCCGGGUCGUUGCCUGAAGAGUUUUUGCGGUUGAGGAGUUUGGAAAUGCUGAUGUUGAUGGAUAAUCAAUUGGAGGGUAGAUUGCCGGAUGGUUUGUUUUCGAGUCUUGGUGAAUUGAGAGUUUUGGAUUUAAGAGACAAUAAAUUUGAUGGUGCUCUUCCUGGUGCUUUGUGGUCAUUGCCGAAUUUGCAGGUUCUUGAUGUUUCUGCUAAUAAUUUGACAGGUAAUUUGUCGGAUUUUAGUUUCAAGGGUCAUGCCAGUGGUGCUGUGUUUAAUCUUUCGAACAAUCAUUUAUAUGGAAAUCUAGAUUUUUUAUCUGGAAACUAUACUUUCAUUGAUUUGUCGGGUAAUUAUUUCCAAGGAAAGGUUCCUCUUAGCAGUUCAAGCAAUGGCAACCUUGACAUGAACUGCCUUCAGGCGGUGUCUGAUCAGAGAAGCUUGGAAGACUGUAGUUCGUUUUAUGCUGAGAGAGGCUUAACUUUCGAUUAUUUUGGAAGUCCAGAACCAAGACAGCAGCCAUUACCUAAUCCUGCUCCAAAGAGAAUCAAACGAUGGAUAUACAUCCUGGCAGGAUUGCUUGGUGGAGUUGGUUUCAUUGUCCUUUUGGUACUGGUGAUAGUAGUGGUCCUUAGGAAGUGUAAUAAUACCACUUCAAAUGAAAGGGGAAGUGCAGAUGUGGGGCCUGUUCCAGAUGGAGAUAGCCCCUCACUUCCUAAGGAUCCUAUUAGCGUAUCUAGUACGGGAGAGUCAUUUAUGUAUGAACAGUUGCUCGGUUUCACUGGUGAAUUUAGUGAAAGAAAUCUCAUCAAACAUGGUCACUCUGGAGAUCUCUACAAGGGUUUUUUGGAAGGAGGAAUUCCCAUCGUUGUCAAAAAGAUUAAUUUGCAUAGCUUGAGAAAGGAUUCCUACAUGACGGAAAUAGAAUUUUUCAGCAAGUAUUCACAUGCACGUUUGGUCCCGCUUCUGGGACAUUGUCUGGAGAACGAAAAUCAGAAGCUUUUGGUAUACAAGUAUAUGCCGAAUGGAGACUUGGCUGAAUCUUUGUACAGGGUAAACAAUUUUGAGGACGAUGGUUUGCAGUCCCUAGAUUGGAUCACAAGACUGAAAAUUGCUAUAGGAGCUGCUGAAGGCCUCUCUUACCUGCAUCACGGGUGUAACCCUCCCCUUGUUCAUAGAGAUGUUCAAGCGAGCAGUAUCCUUCUUGAUGAUAAGUUCGAGGUUCGACUUGGAAGCUUGAGUGAGGUUCGUAUCCAGGAAGGGGAUUCACACCCAAAUGUUCUCACAAGGUUCUUGAGGAAGUCCCAAUCCUCUGUCUCUGAUCCUGGAACUUCUGGCUCGUCCCCGGCAACUUGUGCUCAUGAUGUGUAUUGUUUUGGAAAGGUCUUGCUUGAGCUUGUUACUGGCAAGCUUGGCAUCAGCAAAUCAGAUGAUGCUACCACUAAGGAGUGGUUAGAACAAACGUUGGCACAGAUCAGUAUAUAUGACAAGGAACUGGUGGCAAAGAUUGUUGACCAAUCUCUUAUCAUAGAUGAAGAUUUAUUGGAAGAGGUAUGGGCAAUGGCUGUCGUGGCCAGGUCAUGCCUUAAUCCCAAACCCUCUAAACGUCCUCCAAUAAAAUAUGUUCUCAAAGCGUUGGAAAACCCUCUGAAAGUGGUGAGAGAGGACAGUUAUAGCUCAGAGAGGCUGAGGACAACUUCAUCUAGGAGAUCUUGGAGUGCUGCCUUUUUUGGUAGUUGGAGACACAGCUCAGACAAUGCUACAGUUCUGGGCCAUGCUAACCGAGAGGGGAUUGGUGGCUUGAAGCAGCCAGAGAGAGUUGGAUCUCAGGGCAGUGGCGGGAUUGAAUAUUCAUUUUCUAAUAAAAGGUUAUCCAAUGAAGUUUUCCCUGAGCCGCUUGAAAUGCAAGAUAUGGAGAGGCUAGAUGAGGAUUAG